AUGGCGGCCAUGUGUAAUCGAUGUGCAAGAAAACUGUACUAUGUUCGUACACCUCUGUACCCCUCCGUAAGGUAAAAUGUUCAUCUAAUGCUUUUAAAGCUAAAUAUAACUCUGAGCUUUAAUUCAUCUUUAGGUGGAAGGAUAUGUAGGUCAAGAGUUUUUGUAGAUUGCUUUCGAAAAGGGACCCAAAGUUGCUGUCAGCUGACGUACUGUUCGAUUUUGUUGAACCUCCCUUGAGCUUACCAUUAAGCUUACCUUUCAAAAAUAUUGUCAUUAUAUCCUAAAAAUCUUGCCUCUUAGCAAUCCACAUAAUGUAUGUCCACAAACGGAACACAGCAAUUUAGCGCUGUGGCUAGUAGCAUUUUCUUGCUAAUCUAAGAGGGCUUCUAAGAGGCUGUUCUCUCUAUCUUGCUACUUGCCAACAUGAUGUAAUUUAGGGGCCGACCAUUUAACUCUUAAGGGAGGGGGUUUUUUGAAAAAAAAAUUUCAGAAGCACUAAUUAAGCAUUGAAUGUAAUAGUUGGGAAAAAAAAGAAAAAAAUAUCCUGCCCACCAGAUUGCUUUCCUGAUGACCAGAAAUAUAAAGGUUAAAUGGUCAAUUCUCUUUUUCCCCCAGAGCACUAAUUAAGAUUGAUUGUUGUUGAUUGUAGUUGUUGAAGAAAUAUAAAGGCAACAAUGUUAAGAAUCAUUGAUCAGUUACUGUAUUGUCAGGAAGCCAUAAUUAGGACGAAUAUUAAUGAGCGGCAUCACAAACACCUUACUACCUGUAUUUCAUGUACUGGUUAAACUACAGAACACAGGGUCAUUUAUUACUAUAUUACUAAAUCACAAAAGCAUUUGUUGUUUAAUGACUCAUUCUUCAAAGCCUUCCUGCAACUAGCCAAGGUGGAACUGAGUGACCCUGUAUUGUGAACUGUAGUUGCUUCCAUGAACUUGUGCAUGUAGCCAAUGGCAGAACUGUUGCAUACUGGAAAAUUGGAUUGUGCAAUACAGUUCACCUGAAAUUAUACGCAAAUGCUUUAAUUGGUAGAUCGGUUAUGCGUUAGGAAGAUACUUAUUUUUUCUUCUUCUGCAAGUGCAAUAAGCACACGUCAUGUUUUUGUGUUCUCUCAUUAACCCUUUAAUGAACAAACCAAGCUGUUAUUGCAACAUUUUAUAAUUGUAUCUGUCAAAACUGUGAACAAAAUCCUGUGAUGUUACUGUUCAAAUGAAAUGUCUUUGGUAGAACUUUUGCAUACAUGGUACCAAAGCUGUCAUUAAGGACCGUAACCUGUAACACCUGUUACGGCUGAGCUCACUUGAUGUUACAGGUGAUCAAAGUGGAAAGCAAAAGCAGUGCUGUGGCAAGGUUAGAUUUAUUAGGGGGCGCCAAUCAUGAGCGCCGAAGACGCGAGCUGCUAGGGGGGUCCGGGGGCAUGCUCCCUCGUAAGAUUUUGAAAUGUAGGGUCUUUGAAAUAGCAUUUUCAGCCUUCCGAGAGCAUGAUUUUCCUUUGUUGAAGCCAUAAAGAAAUAAUUUUCACGCUUUAUCGAACCGAAAUGAACACAGUGAACAGAAGAGCAGCAUGAAGAGCAUGGCCGCUGACCAAAUUAAACGUGCCUGUCAAAAUUAUUCGGGGAGCCCAAGCCCCCCUCGGCCCCUCCCCAUGCUACGGCACUGAAAAAGUGGCACUAUAAAGUUUUGUGAGAUGUUACAGGUGAAACAUCAUUUGCUAUGGUUGCUUCAAAACUUAAUUACAGCCUUGUUGGUACUGUUUAUUUCUUACCAGGAUUCACAAAAUGAAAUUUGUUUAAAUUUUUUGUAGCUUUUUUUCUUUUGCCCACUAUUUGGAAAGAAAGGGUUAAAUUUGAAAUAAAUUAUGUAUUGAGAUUAUUUUCUUUCAGACUAUUAUGCACAGCACCAUCCAAGUCACCAUCAUUCGAAGUCAGUGAAGAACAAAGUGAGUUCAGACUUACUGUUACUCUGUUCUUACUAGUAUCACAAGCAUUUAAGAUUCCCUUUACACAGGGUCAAAGUUUUGUUGUACAUGUAAGGCAAGUUUAAAAAAGCCAGCAUUGACUGCAUUAUUACAAGGAAGCUUUUGUCUGUUUCAGGUAUUGGGACCUCAUAUGCCAAGAAUAGGUAAGUUAAUUGAUGUUAUAUAGUUACUGUAGUGAAUACAUGUUACAAUGCACUGUAAGCUUCACUAUCAUAUACACUGUUGUUGAGAUUAAUUUAGAAUGAAAUUUACAAAGCAUAAGUUGGUACAUUUUAAAUAGCCACAAAGUAGUAAUAAACUUUGAUUUUAGUUUACAUGCAUACAAAUUAUUUUACAACUUAUUUUGAGCAUCUUCACCCAUGUACUGUCUACGGUUUAUUCAGGUAUGAAAAAAGCAUGAUUGAUCUGAGAAUCUGAGAUUCAUCGACAUCCUUUCAUUGAUCAUCAGGUUCCGCUAUAUAUCUGAAAGCCAGUGAACAACAGCCGCUCUGCACUUCUUAUUUAUCCAGUUCCCUGUUUCUUUGUGAUUCAAAAGCCAAUUAAUGAGGCUUUAAGAGUUUUCAAAGUUGAUUUGUAGGCUGAAAUGGGUUUACACUUUAUACUACCAGUAUGUACUCUUUGUAAAUGUGUCUUGUUACAAAAACUCAAAAUUAAUGUCAGUUAUGUUGUCAAACUACAUUACAUGUGGUACAGAUUAUUUUUAUUUUGAACAUCUCAAAUUAUGGUGGCAAAUUUGGAAAAUGUGGCCUUAUUAGGAAAGUUUGAUAUAGUUUUUGACAAUAGGAGUAUUGCUUUAUUUCAGAGAUCCUCUGGCUGUACUUAAAGCUCUGGCAUCAACUGUAAAACCAGUAUGUACUGUUAUUAUUAUUUUUAAAAGAAUCCAUGAAUAUGUCAACUUUAUUUAAUGCCCUAGCUGCGAUACAUUUUUGUUUUGUGUCCUUUUUGCAGGCACCUAAUUUACCAAAUCCUGAGUUUAUUGAAGACAUGUUCUUGUUACCAAGGUCCAAAGCUAAGCAGGUUUGUUUAAAUUAAUUAUACUCAUUACCAGGACUUAAAGUUUUGUAUAAGCAAGGUGUAUAUAAAACAAAAUUCCAUGGCUGACAAGGUGGCGAAAUUUAAGGUGCUAACAUACAUUUUCGACUGCCUGUCCUGACUAGAGCUUUGAUCAAUAUUCACUUUUGUUUUUGUUGUGUAGGAGGCCUGUUUAAUGGCAAAACAGUCGGGGCGUGAAGCAGCAGCAUUUGUUAUUUCUAGAUGUCCCGAGAUGUUUCCUCUGAGAGAACCAAAUCCUGUAAGUUUUUUGUUAUUGUUAGAGGUAUGUGAAGUGAAUGUUAGACACUGUACAAUUUCCUGUUACAUAAAGGUGUACAUUAUUAUCACUCCUUACUAGAAAAAUAACUUGUCAUGGAAAAGAGCCAGGUGGGUCAGGGUUCCAUUUGUACAUGAAUUGUUCAAUAUACCUUUGAAGUUAUAAUAAACUAGUUACAGAAUACCAGGUAUGGAUUUAUUGAUCACUGUCAAUCAUAAAAGAAUCUCUUUAUCCACUUUAAUCUUAGUGUACUGAUGAUCUAACUGAUGAAAUCCCAAACUCUAUAGUUCUUGCCCCAGUUGUUCAGAAGGUGGAUAAUAUAAUCACUGGAUAAAUCACUAUCCAGUGGAUAGUGCAAUUAGUUUUCGUAAUACUUCUCCAUUGGAUAGCGAUUUAUCCGGUGGAUAGCGCUAUCCAACUUUUGAACAACCGGGGCCUUGACUCUUGUUUCCAUGGUAGAUGUGGAUCACAGAGGACCUGGUUAAAAAAGUUACUGAUGUAAAAACUGAAAAAGAUUUAAAAGGUGAGUUUACAAUCAAUGUGUGACAUGACAUGUUUCUUGUGUGGUCAAGUUCAAGAGUGAAUGGGUUAAGAAUCAUAAUUUCCCCAAGCAGUUUUAAUGUGAAUUAUUUAACUCACACAACUUUGUUUUGCUUCAUUCAGUUCAGCCCACAUGAAUUUCUAGAGCUACUGUAAUUAUUAUUGUUUCCCAAACCUAUUUUACUUUCAGGCCAAGAACUGAAUAAAUUUGCCAAGCUGGUAGUAAAUAGUGAACAAAUCAAUAUCAUAGCCAUGUGUUUUACCUUUUUAAGAAUAUUUGUAGUUAGAAUGCAAAACAUUUUUCAUUAGUAAUCAAUCUCGCUUGCCUUAAAAGUUACUGAUGACAGUCUGUUCAGGAUCGGGCUGUCAUUAUGAUGUUUGCGGUGGUAAAUGUUUUAUUUGUUUACAGCUGUUUUGCAUAACAUGCGACCUGUGUUGUAAAACUUUUUCGGGACUUUGGGUUUUUCUUCUACGCCAAUCAAACUGUUGCCAUAUAUAUAACAUCCAAUACUUGCUUGUCUAAUAAAGGCAGCAAUAUCGAGCAGAAGCUGCAGAAUUAAAUGUUGGCGGGAACAUACUGAUUUGUUUUCAUCCCUCCUACACCAUAUCUGUGUUUAAUCUUCUGGAUUUGGCAGCUCAAUAGGAACAAUUUCACCUUGGGAAUCUAAACUUGCCCUACUUCAGUAAGAAGGUAGAAAAUCUUAAGAGCUCUGAAAACAUGAAAACACGCAAACUCUAAAGUUCAAAAGCAAAAAACCUUCAAACACAGAAACACAUAAAACAGAUCGAAUUCACCAGAAUCACUAAUCGCAAAUCAUCACCUUUUGAACCCUUUGAAGUAAACUUCUGUUUCCUAAGAGGUCCGCUAAGAAAGUACCGAGCCUUCAGAUUUUGAUUGACAUCACAGAAAAACCCAAAAUCCAAAGACAUUUUUGGCAUUCUAAUCUACAGUAUUGUUUGCAGGUUUUAUCAAAGUACACGAUGCUAGGAAUGCUAUCCUGUCUUAUGAAAGUCUCAAAGAGCAAGGUUAGGCAUUUUAAAAUGUUUUAAUUACUACUUUUGUAAAAAAUUCUUGAUCAACGUUGUUUUAUCAGCACCACUCUCUUUCUGACUGUAUGUCAUUUUAAACAGUACACGUGUGCUGUAGUUGAAUACAGCUAUUUCGAGAAAGGUUGUCGGAAAAAGUACACGCGGUGAUCCCAAAAGGUAUGGUGGAUGGUUUUGAGUUCACUGUUCUGCAAAGAAAUUUGAAAGAAAGACACGGGAGGUCAUGGAUGUAUGUUUGUGAGUGACCAUGUGCAUUGAUUCCUUUAGUUCUGUCCUUCUACAAGAUGUUUGUAUGUCUCUCCUUCUUAUCUUGACCAACCUACAUAGCCCCAGUUGUUCAAAAAGAAGAUACAGUUGUAGUACAUGUACAUGUAUGUGCUACAUUGUAUCCAACAGAGUGCUUUCAGUUAAAGAGAAUAGCUAUUUGUCUGUCUUAUUCUGUUAGGGCCAUAACAAAAUGGUAUAUUCCAGUUCACUUGAUAAAGAACGAAGAAGACUUUGGGAGAUCGCAAAUGGAACAGUCUUCCUCUGCCAAUAAGACAAAACAUCAAUCGCUCCAAAACAUAUUUAUUUAAGAAGGCAUUAGAUUAUUUAUUUAUUUAUUUAUUUUUUUUAAAUAUUGUAAUUUUACCGGGUAAUUUUACUGGUUUUUAAUUUAGUUAUUAAUAAUAUUGUAAUGCGCUUUUGAGUAUUUUUAUAGAAAAAGCGCAAUAUAAGUAUUAAAUAUUAUUAUUAUUAUUACUAUUUUCAAUUCUGUUAGGGCACAAAUGUACAUUCCAGUUCACUUGAUAACAAACCCAACCAAAGCUCCAUACAUGUUAAUACUUGCCAACUUUUUCGGAGUCAAAUGUAUGAGAUUUUCAUUUUUAAAAAUGUCCCAGUGACUUCCAAAGAUUUACGAUGAUUUUCCAAAGACUUCCAAACAUUGCUGAAAAUGUCCAAAGAUGUUUUGGUGACCUUGGAGCAUUCUUGAAGCUAUUUAAUUUAGCAUGUUGUGAUACAGUUAGGACGUAAAGUCAUCAUUAAGCACCUUCUGGAAUAUUUUAACGAAAAUUGAGUUGAAUUUUCAUUAUUCACCGUAUUUUAAAGAACAAUUUGCUUCCUUCCUUUUUGUGUUGUGGUGCAAAUGAUGCUUACUUGUCCUUGACCAUUUAAGAAUACCCUCCAUUGUUACUACAUGCAUGUCCCCCAAUACAUCAAUAGAACUAAAUGAACUAUGAUAAAAUUUUCUUUUCCUAUUCUUUCACACAAUUUUGUGGCAAGCACUGUGAACAUAUACAGAUGUACUUGUAAGUUUAUGUCUUUGAUCUUGGUGAUGUGUGUGUCAUAUUUCAGGAGUUGAAGUAUCACUGAACACUCAGAACCAGCUACUGGAUCUUGCUGCCAACCAGUUGGGAAACAUACCAGUGGAAUUAGUCUUAAAACCUAAUAUGGUGUGUGUCAAACAAUUUAUUCUCAACAUCUCUUAGACUAUAAACAAUGAGUGUUGAGGCAGUUGUGGAACAGAGGGGAGGGAGGAAUGGCUGGGGCUGUGGUGGUUAUCCAGACCUCAAGGUGGGUGGGGCCUCCCUUAUAUCCAGUUCCAAGACUGUCAUUAAGAGGCGAGGGCUGGGGAUUUCCCCUGGCUACUUUCUUUGGAAAAUAGAAGAAACAAAGCACCAAAAAAAAUCCUUAGCUGUUUUAUUUCCUGCCUACUUGUUGUAAUUACCUGGCAACCUGAAAUCUUAGUGACAUCCCUGCAGCUCCUAAAAUUAAUUGAGGUUCCAGACUUGCCAUUACCCCCAAAAGGCAAAAAAUGCAUAAUGGUGAGAUUCUGUACCUAGAGCUGGGAAAAGGAGUGAGAAUUGGGUGAAAAGACGUGAGAUGUCCCAAAUUUCCUAGUGGAAGGACUUUCAGUGGAGAUUACUAGUAUUGGAAGUCACUGCAUCACUUUAAAGCUGGAGGAGUAAACAUCACAAUCAAUUUUACGAUUUAGGUUUUGUAAUUUCUAUGUUUUGUUGGUGCCAUUUUGAAACAAGAAACUGGAAGUCUGCACAUUUGGUGGCAACAGCAAGUCGCGAGAGGCUUAAAGAAUGUAAUCAAACGCAACCAAGAUUUUUUUGGAGAUUGACUUUUCGAGAAAGUGUGAGAAAUCAGUUGCCAACUUGUGAGAGUGUGAGACCGGUCCUAAAAUUGUGAGACUGAUGACAAAGUUGUGAGACUUGCCAGGUCUGAGGCUCUUAAGAGAUCCUUCAAACAAUACUUAUUGCUUGCCUUUUCAAUGUAGCAACCCAAAAGGAACUUGCCCCCUGGCAGAUAGUUCACAUUGUUUGUUAAAGAUAUAUUUCAUUUUUGUUUGCUGCCCUAGAUUUCUUGCCAUACUGGCUUUGAGAAAAGGGAGUACAUUUUUAAAAGUGAAGGCAAUCUAAAAACUCUACAAGUUGCAAAUGGUUUUCUAUAACAUCCUGCCUAAUGGUAAACACAGUACAGACUCUUUGGAAUUACGGUGUAUGAUAAGUGUUGUGCAUUGUAAAUGUUAUGUCCUGGACUCUCUAAAAUGUUUCCCUCACCUGCUAUCUGGAGUCAACAAAACACAUUCAGCAUUCAAGGAUGUUUGUUUCACUUAUGCUUUGUCAUUCUUGCAGGAAGAAAUAAAAUUUGAUGAAAAGAUGCAGGGCGGUGAUCCUGAAGAAGACAAUAUAGAAAGUGUAGAUGAUGUUACUGGUUCAGAUCCAGAUUUAAUACAACAAGAGGUGAUUACUUAUUAUUUUUCUAUUCAUUUAUUUCUAAAACUUCAAAUAGUGAUUGAAAAGAAAAUUCUCUCUGAGGUCCCAAACAACAUGGGAAGGUUCACCAUCUGAUCAUUCAUAAUUAUUUGGCUGUAAUAUAUACCACGGCAACAUUUCGUUUUCUCCGUUUGUCUCUCCUAGGGGAUUCCCAUAUGAAAAGCAUAGAAAUUCUCAUUAGGAAAAAAAAGAAUUAAACCCCCAAAAGGGUACUAGGCAUAUCUCAGGCUUUAUUUGACCCCUCAGGGUCACCAAACACCCACAUGUAUGGUCUUAAUUUGUAUUUUUUGUGCACAGCAUAUCCUUAUUAAAGAGAUUUUGACUGUAGUUAGAUGUAUUAGAUUUGGUUUAUUCAUCCUCUUGUAGAAUACUGGUAAAGCAUCUAGUGAGAUGCUUGCAAGCAAAACUGUGACACCUGAGUGGAGGUAAAUAGAAUAUUAAAAAUAAUAGUGAAGUAAUGUGAUUACACCCAUAAUUACAUCUGUCACAUUUUCAUUAAUCUCCAUCGUCAUUAAUAAAUAAAUGUAAAAAUCUUCUGAUCAAUCUAUAUUAAUGGUGCUACAAAUACAAAAGGUUAUUAUUAAAAAGAACAUUUUGGUGUUCCAGAAAAUCAUUCCAUUAUGUUUGUUUGAGGCAGUCUGAUCAUUUUUUGUGAUGAUCUGUUAUUUUUAUUUGUAGUGUACUGCGUGAUGGUACAUGUAGCAAUAGAUAAUUUACUGAAGAAAUAAAGUUGCAUGAUUUCUUAAUGAAAUAAAAGCUUUUAGGAGGACAAGGCAAAACAAAAUGUGAUAUUGUCUUUACAGAAAUGAUAACUAUGCUAUGCAGAUGUUUCAAAGUAUGACAACCAAAAAUGCGACAACGUAUGAAGCUAUGAUUCUUGGAUUUAUAAAGGUGUGGUAUUUCCUGAAAGCUAAAUAAAAAGAAGUGUAUAAUGUACAUUGUAGGUGGUGUGGUUUAAAUAACCCUUCUUUUUCAACUUUUGACAGAUGCCAAUUAGAGAAUUUGAGUAUCACUGUUUAAAGAGCACUUUAAAAAUCAGUUAGUACAUGUAAUCGUGCCAAGUUUGAAAAUAAUAUUAUAUAUGUCAGAAACAAAGCUCCACAAGGUCACAAAGUUUACAGACAUUUGUGCGGUGGGGGACUUAAAAAGUGUUUCCCUUGACUCCACCUCAGAAAACAUUGAAUUCUCGGGAAACAAGAUAUCUUUUUUUUCCUUAGUCAGGACCCUGUGUUAAUAAGAUUCUAACAAGAUACUUUUCUCAUUUACAGUAUCGAUGUUACCGUGAUGCAUAUGAUCUCUUCAUCGAAAUGCGUGAUCAUGGCCAUCAAGGUGAGCACUCUGGUUUUCCACCUUUCUCAAAACCCAACACUUACUUUCUAAAUUCCAAUGGAAUAUUCGGUAUAGAACUCGUGAAGCUUUUCAGAUGGCUUUUACAGUGCUCCUUAGUCACGGUUGUGCUCUAAGAAAAAUUGAAUUGAGCCAAGUGCUCUAAACCUGUGAAAUCCAAGGUGCCCCCGUGUGUGAUUUCUAUGAAAAAACUAAGAUUUUCUAGUGACUGGGGCAAAAGUUAGCGGCCAGGAGCCACUGGGCACUGCAAGUACACAGCCCUGGAAAGUGUUUCGCGGAUGAGCAAAUGGGCAAUUUCCGGGUCGCCCCAAGCCUCUGUUUCAAACUGAGGCUAAGUGCGAAGCUAUUGAUAUGAAAAUGAUUGUUUAUUCUCAUGCAAAUGAGACUCAUUUUCACAAAAAAGGUUUUGCACUUAGCCUCGUUUUGAAAGUGAGAGUUUAGCCUAUUUCAUUUACAUUUUUCACAUUUACAUUUAAACUGAGGUAACUGUUACAAAGAUAUUAAGGAGCUUAACCAACGACGACGGCGACGGCAACGAGAACUCAAAAAAAGUUAUAGGGUUAGAUUGGCAAAACAACAACUUUGCACGUGCAUCACGCUUUUCUGUACAUUUCUUAGCCGUCGUUGCACGUCUACAACGUGAAAGUGCCUAAUUUCACGUUUUCUCGAGGACGGGAAUAGGAGACAACAACUUUCUUUUUCUUUUCCUGAACUUUGAUACAGUCCCUUCAAGUCCUUUCCAACUCCAAAAAAUGUGCUUACAUGUGACGAAUUAAACGAGAUGAAAUAAGCGCGAAAAAGUUUGAGGCAGCGCGAAUUCACAUUUUAAGUGACAUUCUCGUAGCCGUCGCUGUCGUUGUUGCUUAAGCUCCCUAACGUUACUAAGCUUUAACGUUUUUAAUAUUGUAUCACACUCUAUGUUAGUAUAUUUACUUAGUUUUGGUAGUGUCAGGCGCAAAAAGGGGAGCGAGGCGGGGGGAGGGUGGGAAAGUUAACAAGAGGGAAAAGGGGUGCCAUGCAGGCCAUUAUGGAUCUAAUUUUCUUACUUUCUAUUUAAUUAGGCAGUGAUCAGCUCAUUUCUUAUCUAUUUAUACUUGCAUUUAUUUUUAUGUUAUUUUGUUUUCCGGUAGCUUCGCUGUUUACAUACAACUUGCUGUUCAAGGCAAUUUCAAGAUCUAAUUAUAUUGAUUCAAAAUGGGAAAAAGCACAGGUUGGUUUAAGAGUUGUGUGAUAUUUAGUAAAAACUGCAAUGGCGACUUGUCACCCUCCUGGUCUGUAUAGUUCAUAGUGAAAUGAAUAUUACACAUUAUAAAGUUUGAGGUGAACAGGUCCGAGCUGUAAAGAGUGAAAAUAUCAAUACUGUCACGUCGGUUAAAUCUUUUGGUUUUCCCAAGAAUUGUCUGAAUGUCUUAAUGUUUUUUUUUUUUUUGGAGAAAAAUCUUCCGAAAAAUUAUCCAAACAUUGACGCACCAUUCGUAAACGUUUCUUUCAUGUUAAACUCAAAGAGAAAUUCCCUAUCCCUAAGCGACCAUGCUGACUAAGAAAUCAAAUAUUAUGAAAAUGAUUAAUACUUCUGUUUUCGUUUCUUUUCUUUGACAGGGUUUGGUGAAGAGUAUGGGUGAAGAGCCUGUUGUCUUGCCCAACCUUAGUAAGUGUAUACCCCUUAAAGGGGCUUUAUCACGUUUUUUGCCAUUUUUUCAAAAAGCUAAAACGCGUCUUCGCAUCAAUUCAGUGUCCGGGACCAGACCAACACUCAGGGUUUUAAAAUAACGGAGAAUGAAGGCACUGCCUUUGCCCUGCGAGCGACUAGACCUUCGCGUGGCUCGGAUGACCACUUCAAACAGCGGUCCCGUCUUCAGUGGAGUCGUAAAAAUAUUGUCCGCAAUUAUUUAUUUACUUUCCUGUUGAACACAACACUCAAAUGAAGUGCAUUUUUAUUUUAUUUUAUUCAUUUAUUUAUUUGUUUUUGUAGAAACCUAUAACGCUCUCAUGAAAGUAGCUGUGGUAAGCGCAAAUGAAGAGAUUUCGGCUACUGAACUAGCGUUUGGUUUGAUCAGAGAUAUGAUGGCUGCUGGACUGGGUAAGCUAUAAAAUAAAUUUCCUUAAUUAGUUUAUUGAUUAAUUUAUUUAUUUAUACAGGAACAUUUGGUUUAGCAUGAAGCUGAUUUAAACAGAGUCCUUAUGGUACGAGUUACACUUUAGAGAUCCGCCAUUGAGUCUUAGCCGUCUUUUAGGGAGUUCAAUUGAGAUAAAAUCAUUAACGAAUGAAAAAUCCUGUCGCCUUAUGGAAGUGCCUGACUUUUCCUAAAACAUUUUCAUGCAAAUUCUGCGGAAGAAAUGUAUUGUUUUGUCACCAAUAUUUCCGCCUUUUCACGCGGUUGAAAUUCAAAAAUUACAGGUAACAGAGGGAACACUGGCUUAGGGUGUCCGCCGUGAAUAUCGUGUUUUGCCGUACAGAUCCGAACUUAUUUAUUUAUCCUAAACUUGUUCGAAAAGCUAAUAACAUGUUUCCUAUAAAUUUGUUCUGUAUACAUUGCACACAAGGGCAGUGCCGGAUCCAGACUUGGAGAUAAGCGGGAUGGGGGGGCAGUCUCCAAAAAAUUCUGUUCAGUUUGGUCUAAAAAUGAGGGGGGGCGGCCCCCCGGGCCCCUCUCCUGGAUCCGCCACUGCACAAGGGCACGCAUUUCCCACCAAAAGAAGCUUUCCACGUAGGCAUUUUUAGGGAACGUAUUAGAGGAAAUACGACUCCACUAAAAACGCCUGCGUGAGAGGCUGCACCAAAGGGUUUGGAUAUUUGUUUUGAACUAAGCCUUUGUGCUCUACAGCAACUUUGUUUGUUUGUUUGUUUUCAAUGCAUUGACUCUUCAGAGCCAUCAAUGGAAACCUACAAUCAGUUGCUUCGAGCUGAGUACAUUAAGUAUUGGGAAACCAAGAAACGAAAACGAUUGAAUGAUGGUAAGUUUUUUUAAAACGGAAAUCACCAUGCACCUACAGACUGUACUCACUGACUUAAAAAACCAGUCAUGGGGCCUUACAACGCAAAGCAUACCAUGAAAAUCGAUUUUCUAACCAAGACGUCAUCGCCCGCACUAGCAGCCGAAGAGGUCGCAUUCCAACCCUGGUUGUUCAAUAUCCACUGCGUAAAUCUCUAUCCAGUGCAGUCAGUUUUGCUAAUACGUAUCUAAUAGACAGUGAUUUACUGACUUUGUAGAAUUAGACAACUUUUGAACAACUGAGGCGUGCGCUGUCUGGUCGGUCUAUAAUUCGGGUUGCUAACAUCAAGUGCUCUUUCAUUUACCCUAAGACGUCUGGCAGGUCAUGUAAUCAAUACCAGUAAGUAAUUUUAUCACUUGCUUGAUUUUUUUCAGAACCUCGAAUGAGGAUGAUGAUAAGUCCCGAGGUACUGAACAAAGUCAUUACACAUCUGGAAUCGUUACCUCAACUGCCGCCCCUACAAGACCCAGAGGAUGGUAGGCAAUAAUUCUUAUUUAAAUGUGAUUUGCUGAGGCUCCUAAAUUGUCCUGUACUGUCAGAUUGUGCUGUACGAAAUUUAUGGGAAUUCUAUGGUGAGAUUGGCCCGCUGCGUUAAUACCGAGGUCAAGUCAUAAAAAUCACGUUAAAUAUGACACACCAAUUAGAUCUUAAAGGCAAAAAGCCGUACAACUACGGAUUCAAGUGCGGCACUCAACGCAGCCUGCGUAAACCAAAUGAUGAUGUGCUUUUGUCUUAGUCCUGGUAGCAAUGUGAUGGAUACCGUGCAGUUUGAUUCUCUUUCUUUUCUUAUUUCAGCGUUUUUCUUCCGUACAGCAAUGAGUGCGGUAGGUCAUCUUCUUUUUAAAAGUUAAGUUAAAACACGGUUGCGCUGAUGUUCCCUUAGGAAAGCAUGCAAGACGCAACCCUCUCAUACCCUUUUUUACUCCUCUGUGGAAUUUGACUGUGCUCAGCUGUCCGUUUUCAAUUCUUUUAACUUCGACGCACUUAGCUGACAAGAAACAAAGUACCUGUAGUCACACUGAAACCGCUUUCCUUCCCGAAAGAUGCAGAUUGACUUCUCAAACACAUUACAUUUCUCCCACAUUCGUGUGUUAUGAGCUGGCAGGACAGAGAAGAAGUCUCCCGCUCAUGUAGCAAUUUCAAAAGUUAUUGAAUAUUGAUUCAUCUUCUGGUUUAGUUUCUUAAAGGAUCUUCGUAAGACAUCCCUGCAAAUGUUCCUCUCUGUCUGGUUAUUGUUUCCUUGCAUGGUAUUGUCUGAUUUGUUUUACUAAUUCCUUUCAACUGGAUUAUUUGAUUUCUUCAAGGCUCUAUUAUGCGUCGAUGUCAAGCUAGCAAUCCGUAUAUACAACCUGGCAGAGAAACAAAACAACCCAGCUUACCUCAGUGAAAAACAGGCUCCAUUUUAGUAAGUAUGCAUGGAGCUAGUGCAGUGUUUAGCGCGCGUUGAAACCAGCAUGCAAGCAGUGCUAAGGGCAAUUAAUUACUAAAUUAAUUAGGAUAUUUGAGUCGUGAAAGGCCGACUUUAUAACGUUAAGUGGCCUCAGUAUCAUAGACACUACCUUAAAGCUGAACAUUUAAGAGCUAGCCAUUUGCUUGGUAAGACUCACUUGACAACAGGAAUAGCCAAUAGGAAUAGCGUUCGUGGCCAAUGUUUUAUUAUUACUAUUUUUUUUUACUUAAAUUCUUUUUGUACGGUGAGCAGUACUUAGUCGUUAGGACAUUAUAUUUUACUUCACUUUAUUUGUUUAUUUAUUUAUUGAAUUUAUUUAUUCCAUUUUAUUGGCAGCUCGGCUUUUCUUCUGACCCUAACAACAGCUGAAGCUGAUUUCAAUCUCCUGUACAACUAUUACAAAGAAAUCGUACCAGAUGUAAGUUAAAUGGGUUUUCUCGUUGUUUUUAGCAAAAACGUUUAUGGAAAAAAAAGGAAAAUAGCUAGUUCUUGUAGAUCUGUGUCUGUAUUUGGUUCUUUCACCACAUACUAAUUUCAAUUAAUAUUUGUUUCAUACUAUUCCUUAGAAAUUUAGACCAAAGGAACACAUCUACACUUCUCUGUUUAACUUAGCAAGCAGGACCAACAACCCGGGAGUUGUGAAGAGAUUCUAUGAAGGUGACUUGCAUGUAUUAAACUAUUUUGCCAUCAUCAGAAAUCAUUAAUUUCCUCUUCACUAGAUCGUCUACUUGCUAGCGCUGUUUGCCAGAAAACCAUUCUUCGUCUCUGGCUGCUAACACAAAGGAUGCCUUUGAUUAUUCAACUAAGGUGAUAAUCAGCCUUUCUGUUGUGCUUGUAUUUAACAGACAUGCGCACACAUCGAGUACAGCUGACCACUACUGUAGCCACAGCUCUGUUUAGAGCACUUGGAGGAACAACAGAUCCUGAGGUCGGUUAAUUGUCAAUAAUUGUGUCUCAAUUCAUCAGUCAAUGUUCAGGAUAAGGAUACGACUUCGGCGUUAACACUCAGACAUUAGAGAUAUUAGAGAGAUUAAGCAUGGCGUUUACAGCAAACGGCAAACGUGAAUUUGUAGCCCGUGACCAAGUUUUCCAUCUACUUGUCGUUUGCUGUUCGUUAUAACUACACGAAAAUCGGUAGUUUCCCGCCAAUUCUAUCCAUAAGAAUUGUUUUAAGCUGUUUUUAUCUACUCAUUACUCAUUUUGAAACUUUCUCAACUUGAAUCUCACGUUUGCCGUUUGCCGUACUGAACGGGUUGCUUAAUCUCUCUUUUUGAGUCACGCAAACUUCAGAUUCAAGUUGAGAAUUUCUAAAAAAAGAAAAUGAGCUGAAAAAAAAGUCUAAAACAAUUCUUUUGGAUAAAACUGUCGUGAAGCUACUAAUAUUUGUGUAGAAGUAAUGAACAGAAAACGACAAGUAAAGGCAAAAUAUUGCUCAGGUGGUACAAAUUUACGUUUGCCGUUUGCCGUAGACAUGACUCCAAAUCUCUCUAUUGUUUACUCUCUCCUCCGCAGAGGUUCGCCCUGGGAAAAAAAUCAAAUAUGAAAGUAAUUUUAAAAGAUAGUUGGCGCGUGUUUUUGGUCAACCCGCGCUUUCUUUUCCCCUCUCCCCAGCCUCCUUACGUCGCAAAGGGGCCAAAGGGACCUGUGUUGAGGAGACAGCCUUGUGUACAAAUAACUCGUAGGAUACCCACAAACAACACUACGCAGACUCAGUAAAGUGCAGAAAAAGAAACCUUUUGUCAGGAAAUAAUCGGAAGGAAUGGAUUAGAGGGUCAUUGUGCCUGCGAUUAUUGUCCGUUGCUUUGCUUGCGUCGUGGACAUUUACUAUGCCGGACCUGUCUUGGGCCUUAAGCCCAAAUAGGUCUGUCUAUAGAAUGUGGAAAAAUUGGUUUUGCCAUCUAAGGUCUCUAAGGUGACUGGUAAUUCAAAAGCUGGCAUUUUCAGGGCUAACCUUUUAGGCAUGGUAAGUCCCUGACUGUGGUCAACGCCAGUCUUAACGACUGACCAGUCACGAGGAGCUAGCGAUCGAAACACUGUCUUUUGCCAUUUUCAGUUUAGUUCCUAUUUUCAUAGUUUCUUCAUGAUUCUGUUGUAUAGCAUAUCCCGUCAAACCUCUCUACAAUGCUCGACGUCUUACGUUGGAUGAGGAUGUACAGACUAGAGUAAGUUCUUUUGGUUUUCAUUAUUACUUUGUGAUUGCGGUGUCUUGUUAUCGUCCCUUAGACACCUGUUCGAUUCUUGAAAACGACCACCUCCUGUGAGCGACCACUACGUCCUCGGUUUUUGGGUGGUCGCUUACGAGAGGUUCGACUGUUCAAACAAACUCACCGAUCAUACAUUUUCUUAUUGUAGGAUCACUCAUGUUAUCAUCGCACAGCUCAUCCGAAUGUACUGUAAGAAUGAUCAACUCGACGAAGCGUGGUGAGUUUUUCAACCCUGGAAGUGCAUGAGUUGCGUUUUCACCAGACCCACGAGCAUCUGGCGACUUGCACGCACAUUGUGCCCCAAAGCAGCCGGGUUAAUUAGUAGAUGCUAACCGCUUGUUUGUUCUGUUGCCUGAUUUUUAUCCCCUGAUAUUCUUGGGAGAUGCAAUCUUUUGUGUUGUUGGAAGCAAAGAGAGGAUGUGAGCGUGAAUAUGUCUCAUUUUGAACGACAAUGUUCUCUUUUGUAUCGUCACAUUGUUGCAAGGUUGUCAUUCCUAGCUCUGUGAUUGGUCAAUUUUCGGCCCGUGUCUUCCUGUACGGUUACUCUUCGGAGAAUGGGGUUCCUGUAGCUUGUUUUCUAGUUAAGGUACCGUUAUACGCGAAACGCGAAUGUCUCGCUACAGAAGAGCCUGAAUUGCUUGUAUCUUUUCAGGAAAGCACUGGACAUGUUUAAGAGCACCAAAAUCCCAGUACCAAUGUAAGUACUUCAAGAAUGUUCUUUCGACUCUUUUCAGCAGUAACCUAGUGUGUCGAACAACCUUCCCAGGUGGCUAAAGUUAAAAAGGAUUUACUUUAUUCGAGUGUCUAAUGUAUUAAGCAUGAAAAUACUAAUUAGGGACACUAUAUUAACGUCUCCUACUGGAGACCGGACCGCCAUUUUGCGUGGUUAUCCAAGCCCCGCGAAGGUCUAGCCAUUUGCAAUGCAAAGGGAGUACCUUCAUUUCUCAGUUAUUUUACGACCUUGAGUAUUGAUUUGGUCUCGGGAAUCGAACCCGCGACCUCCGGCUCUGCAGUCAAGCGUUCUACCAACUGAGCUAAUUCUGCCGUCGCUCGUUGUCUUUAACACAUGAAAGGAGACAGGGGCGUCGUACGUCACUUCGUACGUCACUUCAAUAACUUGACAACUGCAAAAACCUAUUUUUUCUUCUCUUCAGAUACUCCGCACUUAACGACAUUUUACUAAAGUCUAUGAACGAUGGUGACCAGGACAGAGUAGUGGUGAGUAUUGACCUCAGUCCUCUAUGUGUUUAGGAGCGUUAUUGGUUGCUACGCUCACACACACAAAAGAAGUCGAAUCGUGACUUUCCUAAAUAAAACAGCACCGCUGAAUGUGUAAAAUGUGUUGUCCCUUUAUUCUCAGCAAGUUUUUGAACUCAUGGCCAAGUAUGGAUACAACCUAAACAGGAAAAGGCGUUUAACGAUCUAUGACGUAUGUAAGCUUCCUACGUCCGAAAGGUGAGUAAAAAAAUUUCGUUCGUAAGAGCGGACACACUGUUCAAUGAGCUAUAGUGGAGCGGCUCCUCAACUCCCAGAGUUCGUAAGGGUCGUGGGAAACCUGGAAAGUCAUGAAAUGUAAGAAUUUCAUUUUCCAGGGGCCCGUUUCUCGAAAGUCCCGGUAACUUAACGGGCCCGGAAUCACAUUUUUAAAUCAAAGUCUCAAGAAAAGUAGGGUGUGUUCUGACUUCUAAUGAAGUCCAUUUUGUUUCGUUAGCUAAUAACUCUACUGUAUAAUUUUCAAAAUUUUUAAAACUCCCUUCUAAAAUGGAAAACAAAACAGCUUAACGGGCCCGGUAAUUACUGGGAGCUUCGAGAAACGGGUCCCUGGCCUCGAAAGUCAUGGGAUUUAAUUGUCGUUCCUGGAAAGUCAUGGGAAGUGCAGGUUGUGUUUGGCAGAUUUGUUACUGCAGAUGUCAAAGCGAGGGUAAUGUAAGAUAGAGACGAGUAUUUAAAAAGCGCGAGCGGCAACCAUUAUCAUGAACACCAGAGUUUUUGUUUGUUGAACUGAGUUAGGUCAAAAAGUACCCGAAAAUAAGGAAAGUGGAAGUGCCGACAGCUAAGCUCAAGGUCGUGGAAAAAUUAAUUGAAAGUGAUGGAAAUUGAAGAACCUAAAAGAGUACGAUAACUGAACUCCCCCAGAAACUGAAUCUUAAACACAUUUUAAUUCUCUCUUGCUGUUUUAUUCUUGGCAGGAAACGUAUAGACAUCAUGUUUAGUGACUUGUCUGUUCUCGGUAAGCGCUUUAGACAGUCUCCAAUCAAUUUUUUGUGGUUGCGCAUGACGCUGGUACGGUGUUGUUAGCGUUAAGCUGCACUAUGCGACUGUUUUGGGGAACGAAUUUUCAUGUUACUCGUAAUAGUCUUGCCUAGUCCCUAGGCCUCAUAGAUUCGGCGCGUCCUACGCGUUUCGGAUCACGUGGUCCGGCCGUUUGUCUCGAAAUGCAUUGACCGAGAAUACCAGGGAAAACGUCGUACAGGGACUAGGUAAGUAAUCGCCGAGAAAAGAAGCGCCACAGUACCCAAAUCAAUCCCAUAAUGCCAUUAGACACGACACAGACCCAGUCCCAAGCGCAACCCUUAACCUCAUUUGUUUACAUCAUUUUUUUCUUCAAGGGAAACUUCAUUUAGUUCUCUUUCUUUCUUUCUUUCUUUCUUUCUUUUUUGUUUGAAAGAUGAGCGACGAAGGCAGCAUUAUUCUCCGAAGCAAGAGGAGCAAACUCAGGAGUUUGACCUGGUCUGUUGACUUUUGUUACCGAAAACGCUGUUAAUUAUUGUAGAAAACUAAUCUGAAGUUUGAUAACGCGGAUUGCUGGUGAAUGUGGCGCCGUUUCUCUCCCAGUUAAGAGGUGUCCGAAUCCAUAAUUUUGAAAAAUAGGUAACGCAUUUCAUUUCAGUUGUAGGAUUCCAUGAAACAUUUACACCAUGCAAAACUCCUAUUGAAGAGGCUUUAUUUGAAUAGUCUCACUAAAAGAUUUAGUCCACAGUCCGUAAUCAAAAGUUAGUUCUAGACAGCAUGCUUCCGUAAUAAACUCUUAAUUAGGCUGGGACGAAACAUAGGACGCGGCAUAAGGCUAAAUCAUGGCUGUCAACAAUAAUUGGUGAAUAUUGAGAAAAAAAACCUUUUCAAAGCUGAGCUAGCCAUACUGAAAGAAAUGCGAAAACAUAGUGCUUACUGGAUGCCCUCAUAGUUUAACAACCUCGUCCCCAGGGCUUUUCCCUUAAAAAAUGGGUGGGGCCCCACCCAUUUUUUAAGGGAAAAGCCCUGGGGACGAGGUUGAUAGUUUAACUGGUAUGAACGUAGCUGAAUUUUGUCUGUAUCUUUCAUUAGGGUAAAACCUCAUUUACAAUCAAUAGCAACCCCAUUGUUGUUUCACACAGAGUCAGGGCACAUUUUCAGUGGUAUUUUUUCGUACCCCUACCCCUAUACCCACAGUAAACCAGAAAUACAGUAACAUGAGCUUGCAUUUUUGAUUUUUUUUUUUCUUUUCAGUUCAACUAGUAAUAUUCUCCAUCCAGCUGAACAGACAACCUGAAGUAAAUGCAUUUCCGAGGCACUGAGAGGAAAAGCAGAACUGAAGGAAGCUUUUCCGUCUCUUUCCGCCUUUGUUAUGUGGUAUCCAAGACGACCGAGAUGGAGAGAGAACGAUUUCCUUUUGCCUCGAGUUGAAAAGGAAAGACCAAUGAUAGCAAUUUUCAGUUGUAUCUGACACGAGCACUGGAAACGUAAUGCAUUGAACUCAAUUGUGCAAACCUGUAAAGAUCAUAGCACAAGGAAAAUUAGAUGAUCCGUCUUGUAUAGACAUUGUUCGUCCUUGUGCAUUUUGAUAAUGGUGGACUGACGAUCGCGCAACCGCCGCGAAGACAAUUUAAACCCGUUUUGUCUCCUAGUUCAAGUUAUGGCGAGGUCAUUUUUCACACUAACUUUUAAAUCUGUGGACGAAAUCCUGUGGUGUUACCAUUCAAAUGAAACCUCUUCAACAGUACUUUCACGCGAUACUAUUUAUAUUCAGUACUGUAUAUUUGUUAGUAUUUCAUGAAAAGAAAUAGCAUCGAAUUUUUGGAGUUUUUCCUUUCGCCAUUGUUAGAAGGGUUCAGACCCAUUUAUCAGUAAAAGAUUGUAAAUAUGCCGUUAUUCCUAACCCAGUGUCACUCCUAUCAUCAUCAUACGAUUGUGCUUGGGACCUCAAGAUCCGAGGACAGCGAAAUCACUUUCCCCAGUUUGAUACAAAUCUCUUUAUUCUGUCAACCCAAGCCUCGAGUUGGUGCCUUUGUUCACAGGAAUGCGGGAAAGGAGAAACGUAAACAUGACAAAUAAUGCCGGGUAAGAAUCUAUUGUUUCUAAAGAGGUGCCUCAGUAAUUUGUCAAUAAAUAUGCAUUAAGACUCGAGCAAGCGAGUCACUAGUAUCUGUAGUUUUAUUUGUGAUUGUUUAAGAAAUUGGCACGAAAGGAUAGCCUUGAAAAAGAGGGUGUUUUUUGAUGUUCCGAAUAUCAUUGUUGGUUGGCUUUUGUGUUGUGAUGGGAGUAUUGUCUAGGGUCUUUCAAUCUUUUCUAUUACGUUGUUUAGUUAUUCCAGCCGUCCGGAACACCAAGAAACUAACAAAAAAAUACACAAAAAUUCCACAACUGCGGCACUCUACUAGGCCACUCAACUAGGCCACUUCCGAGUUCAAAAAAGCCUCACUUUUAAAAUGAGGCCAAGUGCAGAGCCUUGAAAAAGAAUGAGU